CAAGAUGAAGGCGGAUCAGUGACUCAGGAAGAUGACAACAUAACGAUUUUAUGGACGUAUUCCUAUCUAGCUCCUGACAGGGCGACUAUAUCAAUUAAUAUAAUCAGAAAUGGGGUCUAAUGUUGAUCCAGAAAUCGAAGUCAAGAAACUCCAAGACCUCGUCAAGAAAUUAGAAAAACAGAAUGAAUUGUUGAGGAGUAAAGCCAAUUCGAUUGUGACCCCCGAACUUGACCGGGGAAAAAGCGGCUCCUCCUCGCUCAAUAAUGAUACGGAUGCACAUGUAUGUGUAGGCCUAGGCCUAGACCUAAACAAUCCUUCUGUUGUUGUAGAAUCACCUGUACAAACACGUAAAGUUGAUAAAGCAGAUUUAAAUUCAUCUUUGGACAAUGUCAAAACUAUAGACUUUCACUUACAUCCUAUUGAUUGUGAAGAUGAUGAAGAUAGUUGGUUGUAUAUGUCACCAGUCAAGGUACCGACACCUGAACAGAGGCUCUUGAGCCCAGAAAAAUGGGUGCGAAAGGAUUUUGACAAUCCUAGUAGAGAGAUGGAGUCGGCCAAGAAAUCCUUGCAAGCCAAACUAGACGAAGUCUCGAGAGCUAAAAGAAACAGUUUUGGAAGACCAUCAGCCUUAAGAAGAAAUUCAAAUGGAUUAGAUAAUAUAGACACAUGUCAUUCAGAGCAGUCAUCAACUGGCAAUUCCCCACCUCUAUCCCCUCCUAGUUUAGUAAGUACGCCAACAAGAAGACGGAGUGAGGACCGAAGGAAUGAUGAAAGAAGAAGGAGUGAGGACGGCCUAGCCAGGUUGGAGGAUGUAACAGAUGUACAAAUUUUGGCCAAAAUGCAAGAGGAUAGUCUUCGGAAAGCAACACAAAACUCGCCAGCAAACACACCAAGACGCCCGUCAUCUAUAUCACCUGCUUCUUCGGAGAAUUCGCUUGUGUCCUCGUCACCACGAGCAAAGUCAGGCAGUGAAACACAUCUUAAUAGGGCAGAUUAUGACAGCGACUCCGGGAAAGUUGUUUUAAGGCGAAGAGCAUCAUUAGAAAAAGUUAGAAAAAGUGAUGGUGAUGUGCGAAGAUAUAGUUUUGGUUCACGCGUUCAACCUUGCUCAGCUUUUGAUAACGGUGACGGACUUAGUUUGUCCGAUUUGCAAAAGCUGGCAAUGGCAUUUGCGCCGGGAUUGACCAGCGUGGCUGAACACCCGCACCACACGGUACCGGUUCAAGAACCGGUAUACGUUGAGGAGGUUUAUGAUGAUGAAGUACGAAAGGAAGGCCAUGGAGGGAGUAUGCCGAACCUGAACAGAGCAUUCAAUUCCUCUCCUGGAGGAUCACCACGGGCACAUAACGGCCAAGAAGCACGAUCAAAACAGCCUGGCACGAUACCAGUUAAUAGGUCAAUGACACCACCUAAAGGCGGUCUUAAGCCACCAUCGCCAUCAAAAGGACGGUCUCUAUCACCUCAGGGUAAGGGGAUACCCAUCCGGGCAAUCGGCAAUGAGAUGAGUAGUUCUCGUGGUAGUGGAAUACCAAAGCCUAGACUUACCGGUAGCUCAACUAUACCAAGGAGCAAAAUAGCUACACCGAAUAAGAGGUAA